AGGGAUUGCUGACUUUCUUUUGCAGCGGUCGUACGAUGGUGUCGCGAUGAAUGGAUCAGUACUCGUAUGGACGCGGAAAAUGUCAUGUAUCUCGUUGUACAAUUCGGAAACCUGCUUCUCGAUGUCGUCUUGAAGACUCGCCUGCCAGUCGUGCUCGAUGGAAGGAUCUUUGGGCAUGCAUCCGAGGUGAACGCAGGUGGAUACAUUCACACCUCUUUGAACCGGUGCUCGACAUCUGCGUCCGCGAGUACCGAGGUGGCAUAGGAAGCUGAGUCCAGAGUCACCACACCUUGUCAAUAGGCUGUAGAAUUCAUGCUAUUGCUGGCGUGCCUAACGCGAA